AUGGACGGAGGCCUUUCGCUUGUCGACGAUGAAGAACAGACAUGCACUCAUAUAUGCAAGUAUAUGUAUGCGCAUAUAUCUGUAUUCUGCGAACUUGCGUCAAAUGCCAAAUUCACUUCCUGGUACAACAUGGAACUGAUCGAUGCGGAGAUGAACAGUAGCUUCAAAAAUUCAUGUCAUGGCAUCAACUGGAAGUACUAG